UAUAAAAAAGUCCUUGCCAUGAGCCAAAUAAGAUCUGAGCUUUUACAUUCACGAAAUAUUGCGACAAUUGACAAGUCAUUAAAAACAUACAAGCAAACUAUUGCUAUUCCGUUUGAACAAAUAAAUCCUAAUGAUGAUAACGAAGAUGGAUUUAUAUUAUCAGAAGAAAAUACUGACAAUGAUGAUAUUGAUACAAAAUACACCAGAGAUAAAGAAUGGAUUAAUCUAACUGAAGAAGAAGAUGAGCAUAUGCAAUCUAAUUCAUCUAGUUCAGAUGAAUUAGAAACUGAUUUAUAUAAUGAUGAAGAUGAAGUAAUGCAUCAAGAUUAUUUAAUUCACUCCACAGAUAAUUUGGGAGCAAAGUGGAAACUGACAGAUAUUUUUACAGAUUCGUUAAACCAACCUGAUUCUAUUCAUCUGCUUUUGGGUAAUUAG